AUGUGUUCCGCAGACAUCUUCCUCGGCCUCCUGGCCCUUCUGUUCCCGCCUCUACCCGUCUGGGUCAAGCGCGGCAUCUGCUCCGCGGACUCCUUCAUCAACAUCCUCCUCUGCCUCCUCGGCUACAUCCCAGGCCUCAUCCACGCCUGGUACAUCAUCGCCAAGUUCCCCGAGCCUGACUACGAGUACGAGUCCCUCCCGCAGCAGGACCGCGAGGGCGGCCGCGUCACCUACGUCUUCGUCCACGGCAACGGCCCCAACAGCAGCAACGGCCCUUCGGCCCCUCACACACGCCAGCCCAAGCCGCAGCCCCGUCCCUCGCAGCACCAGCAGGGCGGAAACGUCAGCUACGGCACGAACAGCAACAACAACGCGAACGUCGGCGGCUCGAGGCCCCAGCAGGACGGCGCCGGCGAGGGGAGCAGCGACGGCGCGGUGCCGCCCACCUACGCCCAGGCCGUUGCCGGCGACAACAAGAUUCAGACCCGGGACUGA